CAGCAAUCUCAAACCUCUCCGACACGCCCCCCCCAGAUCUGUUUUCUUGUGACAGACCUGCGACCUUAACGCAUUGAGCGGUUUAUACUCUCGAUCCAGCUUUAAAGCAUCGCGAACGCCUUCUGUCCCUCGUCGAUCACCCGCAUUCAACCCCGCACUGGGUUUGGAGACCGAUCAAGACUGUUCAUUUGACAAGCCUCAUCGGAUCCUUUCCCUCUGCAGCCAUCUGGUGGGUAGAUCGCGACGUCCUCAAGAGUAGUUUCGAAGUCGAAGUUUGUCGGUUCUUUACAAGCUCACAGUCAAUUACCUUGAAACUACUGAUCCGCCGGAAACAUCGGGAUACGAGGCAGUCCUACGAGGUGGGCAAGUGUCCUCCGCAGGCACUGACGGUUGCUGACUGUGAAGCUUGUCAGGACGCGGUUCAGCCACAAAGACAACUAUAUUCCAACUUCCCAAAACCCGUCCCGAAAGGUGCCAAUGGUGGACGGAAAUCUCUUCAUUCCGCUCUCUCCGCCCAGCUCGCCGCGUAUGUCUGCGUAUAGCACGACUCCCGCAGAGAACGACUGGCAACCUUCAGACAUCAAAUCCUUGGACGUUACUUCCGCGCAUUCCGACGGCGACAUGGCAAUGCUCCAAGCUGAAGUCACCGGGCACAAUUUCGACGUGAAGCGCCCGUUGCUUCGAACACACAAAAGCUUCCCUUACACUCUAGAGAGUAAGCAUCAUCAGUCUAACGGAACUUCAUCACCCUCGAAAGACCGCAUCUCUAUUAGCAACCUCGAUGACAUCGAGUCGGCUGACAUGCCUACGGUGACCUUUGGUGGUUCAGCCCCCGCCAGUCCGGUGUCGAGGUUGACACCACCGUCGCCACACGAGGCUGCGAACGGAGACAAGACCGAAGUUCUUGGUGACGAGAUUAUCACUGAAGAAAGGGAAGAAAGCGGCGAUCAAACCGUGAAAGAGGAAGAAGGCAAACCACCCAUCUCUGCUGCUGAGCUGCGCGCUCAGAAGCGCAAAAUGAAGAGGUUCAGACUCACACAUAACCAAACUCGAUUCCUCAUGAGCGAGUUCACCCGUCAAGCCCACCCAGAUGCCGCUCAUCGAGAGCGACUUGCUCGAGAGAUCCCUGGCCUCAGCCCCAGACAGGUGCAGGUCUGGUUCCAGAACAGGAGAGCGAAGCUGAAGCGAUUGACUAGCGAUGAUCGCGAACGCAUGAUGAGGUCAAGGGCUCUGCCUGAGGACUUUGACAUGGCUCAGGCGCUCCACUCUCCAUUUGGAAGUACCCACGGUCUAGGAACACCACUGACUUCCCCUGGAUCGUAUACGCCCGGCUUUCCUGAAGGCAACAUGAUGCGGCCUCUCAGUAUCGACACAUUACGGCGAGGCCCCAUGGAGUCUCACAUCUCUCCAACUGGAAUCAGUCCUGCAUUCGGCGGGUUUACUUUCACUCCACCCCAAUCAGCAACAGAUACUCUGUCGCCUGUCUCGACUGGUCACGAUGGCUCUCCAUUUGGGUUCCCUCCGUCGCAGCUUGAAGGCAGCCCGAGGAGAUCUAACCCCUUCUCUAUGUCCGUCAGCACCUCCCCAGCAUAUGCCGCACAUCACAGUAUACCACGCUUGUCUCUUCACGCCGAUAGGGUUGCAAGAUCACGCGCGGAAUCACUCUCUUCGCCGCUCCGAGCAAGUAUGAGUUACACCAAUGGCCAUGACAGUGGCCUCAACGGAUCGAACGACUCAAAUCAUAUGGACUCAUCAAUGGGUGGCGAUGGCUCAUCAAGAUCUUUCUCUAGCUCGAUGAUGCCAUAUGGUAUUGGCUACUCCUACUCUCCCGUCCCAGGAUUCCAGGCUGGAAGCGCCUCGAGAAUGCGCUCUUUCUCCAGUGGCAUGCCAAGACGCAUUGAAUUGAGUACACAUUACGGACCAAGUCGCAGCGCGACGACUCCGCAGACGGCUACAUUCCCAACAUAUUCAAGCUCACCACUCGUAACGCCCCAAAGCUUCGCGAUGCCUCAACUAAGUGCGCCUCACCAUAUGACAACAUUCCAAAACUCCUAUCUACGAAAUGACUCAGGGCAGAGUGAACAGUAUCCAGGCGUGGGCGCUGUGCUCGGCGAAGUGAUUGAAUCCUCCAACCAGGAUAACGACGACAACAAUGACCAAUCCUCACAGCAACCGCUAUCGUACUGACCCAUACCCGCGCUAUGCUGCAAUCAAUUCUUCUGGGAGGCGUUCAUUCUGGACUCGGCGUUGCAGCCUAGACCAACAACUAACAACACGGAGUCUGGGUGGCAUGAAUCUUCAUGGUUGGGAGGGGAAAUGGAAAGAAAAGUUAAAGAUGACAUGAUGAAACACUGGUACGGCUUCAAACGGAACGGGAACGGGAACGGGAUGUUGCGCUGCGCUGGAUUAUUUUUAUUGAAACUGUUUGUCUAUAUGAGACCCUGACGGGCUAUGGAGGCUGCUUUUGGAAAUUUCUUCGA